AUGACAACAACGUCAAAAAUCAUUAAUGAUGGUGAAGGUGAAGAUGUUAAAGGUAAUAAAAAUAUAAAUAAAAAAAGUUUAAUUGAUGAAAAUAGAUUAGAUGAAAAAAAAGAUUUAUUAAGUGAUAAAGUUGAGAGUAAAACCCAUUGUUCAGUAAAGAGAAUGGCAGUAUUAACAUCAGGAGGUGAUAGCAGUGGUAUGAAUCCAGCAAUUAGAGCAUUUGCAAGACAAGUAAUGUUAAAAGGAGCAAAAGUAUUUGCAGUUAGGGAAGGUUAUAAUGGUUUGGUUAACGAUUCAAUUGUACCUUUGAAUUGGGGAUCAGUAGCAGGUAUUAUCUCCCGUGGUGGUACAAUCAUUGGUACAGCAAGAAGUGCUGAAUUUCGUACACGUGAGGGUAGAAAGAGAGCCGUAUUCAAUUUGGUGAAGAAUAGAAUCGACAAUCUAUUGGUUAUAGGUGGUGAUGGCUCAUUGACAGGCGCAAAUUUAUUGAGAACUGAAUGGUGUUCAUUGCUUGAGGAGUUGGUCAAAGAUGGCAAGUUGACAUUGGACGUUAUGGAGCAUUUCCCAAUUUUAUCAAUCGCUGGUAUAGUAGGAUCGAUCGAUAAUGAUAUGUGUGGCACAGAUUUAACGGUUGGUGCUGAUACAGCAACCAAGAGAAUUUUAGAGGCAAUCGAUUCAAUUCUAUCGACAGCAGUUUCACAUCAACGUAGUUUUGUCAUUGAAGUUAUGGGAAGAAAUUGUGGUUGGUUGGCAUUGGCAUCGGGUGUUGCAACAGGUGCAGAUUAUAUAUUGAUACCUGAAUCACCACCAGAUGAUGGUUGGGAGCAAACUAUGGCUGAUAAUCUUGAAAGGGGUAGAUUGUCAGGAAGAAGAUGCAGUUUGGUCAUUGUGUCAGAAGGUGCAAUCGAUCGUCAAGGCAAACCAAUCACUUCAGCCUAUGUUAGACAAUUCCUUGAGGAUAAAGGCCACGAUGCAAGAAUCACCAUUCUUGGUCAUGUACAACGUGGUGGUACACCAACAUUUUUAGAUCGUUACAUUGCAACUCGUAUGGGUAUAGAAGCAGCAAACUAUUUCUAUGAUUCAACCAUUGAACAAUUGAAACAACCUGUAUUGAUCGGUAUGAGUGGUAUGGAUACCAUUCGUUCACCAUUGAUGGAAUGUGUACAAAAGACUCAAUCAAUUGCAUCACUCAUCAAGGAGAGACGUUUCAAUGAGGUUGUCGAUGUUAGAGGUGGUAUGUUUAAAGAGUUUUAUGAGAUCUUCAUUGCAUGUUCAAAUUUACAUCGUAGAAAGGUUGAGAGCAAGGGAAUGGGUGUUUUAAUACUUCAUAGUGGUGGUCCAUCACCAGGUAUGAACCCAUGUGUUCGUGCUUUCACUCGUUUAGGUAUUGAUCAUGGUUACACAAUGUAUGGUUGCUUCAAUGGAUUUGGUGGUUUAGCAUUGGGUGAAAUUGAACAAUUACAUUGGAUGACUGUAAAUGGUUGGUCUGUUAUGGGUGGUGCAGAAUUGGGUACCAAUCGUUCCAUUCCAAAUGAUAGUAACAUAGAGGCUAUCAUUGCAACUCUUGAACGUUUUAAAAUCAAUGCAAUUCUAAUGUUUGGUGGAUUCAAUGGUUAUUUGGGCAUAGCAAAACUCUACGAAUAUAGAGAGAAAUAUCAACAACUUAAACGUAUCUCAAUCAUUGGUGCACCUGGUACCAUUGCAAACAACGUACCAGGUACAAAUAUCUCAAUUGGAAGUGAUACCUCUUUGAAUAACACAUUGGAUGCAUUAGAUAAAAUCAAACAAUCAGCAGUGGCAUCACGUCGUUUAUUCGUCGUGGAGGUCAUGGGUGCCCAUUGUGGUUAUUUGGCUGCAAUGAGUUCUUUAACCUCAGGUGCUGAACGUUCAUAUAUAAUGGAAAGAGGUAUCACAUUGAAUACACUAACCAAGGAUUUGGAAAUGUUUGUUGAACGUUUCAAACGUGAACAUAGAAUUGGUCUAAUUAUUAAGAGUGAACUUGCUAGCAACACCUACUCAACUCAUUUCAUUUAUUCACUCUUCAAAGAAGAAGGUAAACAUUUAUUCGAUGUCCGUGAAUCUAUACUCGGUCAUUUACAACAAGGUGGUACUCCUUCUGCAAUUGAUCGUAUCUUUUCAACUCGUUUAAUGAAUCAUUAUUAUCAAUUCUUGGAAAACGAUCUCAAAGAACAUGGUCAUCUUCAAAUGAAUGGUUGUAUUGGUUUCAUUGAUGGUGGUAUUCAUUACACUCCAAUGCAAGAAAUGAUCGAAGAAAUGUCUGAUAAAUUUAGACGUCCUCGUUCCCAAUGGUGGAUGGAUUUGGUUGAAACCUCUCAAAAUAUCUCUGUUUUCCCUUUAGAUGACCCUUCCUCUACUAAUUUCGAAGGUUGUAAUUCAAAUUUAUCGGAACAAGAUAGACCUAUUAAAAAAUCUGAUAUUUCUUCUCCAACCUCUUAUUCUCAAAAAACUUUUGACCCAAAUGUUAAUCCACAAUUUACUCUAUAA